GAUAUAGUACACAGUUCCUGUUCUCUGCGCAAAAGCACACAACGCUUCCGCUGUCCUCAGUCCACACGCAGGCGUCAGGUUAUAAAAAGUAACAAGUGUUAUACAGCAUCUCCUCAUUCUGUCAUAGUGCUCGCCAUUGGCCUGGUCUUGGCUCCGUUGCUGGUGCAGGCAUGCUGGGUGAAGGCUUCAUAACCAUGCUCCCAUACAGGGAGCAAAGCAAAGACUCAGCUCCUGCCAGUCCCCAAAGCAGGAGCCCACUGUGUAGGAAUCCCAAUCAGAAAACCAAGUUGGGCUCAAUCAGCCUUAAAGUGAUAAAAGAAAUGGAGGAGGUGCCAGGCUUAGAGCAGGGCCUGGAACAGAUCAGGCCACCUCAACCCAGUCCGUCCGUGCUGAUGCCCAGUGACCCGGCUGACCGGCUCAUGAGCUUGGAGCUGUACCAGUCCUGGCACUGCCACUGCACCAGCUUCUGCAAAGACUACCCUGACCUGCAGCUGAGGGGGGACCACAUGGUGGACAGGGACUCGGAGAGACUCUCGCCGCAGUACGUGCUGUGUGGGGGCCCACUGCACUCCCAGGACCUGGGGGACCCGCAGCCCCCGCAGCCCCCGCAGCCCCCGCAGCCCCCGCAGCCCGGGCCUGCCCCUCUGGGGCUGCAGGCUGUCUCAGACGACGGCUACCUGGAGAUGGACAGCAGCAUCACCCUGGACAAGAGAGAGCCCCUGUCAAACUCCAUGCUCAACUGCUACCUGGAGAGCAAACUUCUGGAGGUGUACCGCCAGCACCUGCAGGACAGCCUGGCUCGCUCUGGCUUCCCCGUCAACCCCGCCCUGCUGCCGAGCGUGGUGCUGCCCUCCGUGGACCAGCUCAGCCGGCAGCUGUCCAUGGAGCAAGGACUGGAAGUCAGCGUCGCCCGCAACGUCGUAACCAACUACCUGAGCUCCAUAUGCACCUGCACGGGUGCCACCAGCUCACACUUCAGCUCCCCUGUCCUGCGCAUCUCCAAGCCCCUGUAGGGCCUCUGUCUGGGUGCAGCGGGCGGCCAUCACAACCUUCAUCAACAGUGUCCAUUUUGAACCUCUCUCUGACCAUCCCAUCAUGAAUUGUCUUCUGAACUGUAGGUUGGAAAACCACCCCCACAGAAGGAUUCUGUUCCAGUCAGCCAUGAAGGUUAAUGUUGUGGCGGGUUAUGCUCUGCUCUGAGGUGAAGACCCAAACCCUUGCAGGCACCAGCCAAAAGGGAUUGCGCACUAGCCACAGCAGUGGUCAUUCCAACAGGAGAGCACUGCCGCGUAUGCAGUCAGUAAGAAAAGCCGGUUUCAGUUCCUUGUUGUUGCAACACACAUGCGUGGGAAGGUUGAUGUAAAUCGAAAAGCUUAAAAGUGUGACUGUGUGACCUGCUUUGGUCUCAGCACCAUCAGACAUACUAUAUAUAAAUUCUGUAUAAACAUCGGGUGCCAUCUCUUAUUGUGCAGCUAAAAAUCAUAAUACACACAGACACGCGCGCGUGAACACACACGCACACACACAUGCACACCAUCACACACGCAUGCACACGCACACACACACACACACACAUACAGACACACACACCCAGACACACACACACACACACAGUGAGAAGCGUGAAGGCAGAGGAAACUGAAACAAAAUAAGCCAGAAGUGAAACAACACAAGUUCCUCUGUCUUUGUUUUUACUUGAUUGCAUUUCACAAACUUGAGUUACUUUGAAUUCUUUCAAGACUUCUGAUGACUACCUUGUUUGUUCUGUAAAAUAAAUAUUCAUGCUUUUA